AUCUUCCAUUUAAAAAUACACCUGCCACAAUUGGAAAAAAUGAUACAUUUUUUUAACGAUUACUUCGUUUUAUAAGUAAACAAUGUUAUUCUGUCCAACGUGUGCUAAUAUUUUGAUGGUUGAAGAAGGUUCAGAGUCUGGACUGCGCUACGCUUGUAAUACUUGUCCUUACGUUUAUAAUAUAAAGAAAAAGGUUUCAUCGCGCACAUUUCCAAAAUUAAAGGAACUUGAUUAUAUUAUGGGCGGUGCUGCUGCCUGGGAAAAUGUAGAUUCAACUGAUGCAGUUUGCCCUAAGUGUGGUCAUGGAAGAGCUUUCUUUAUGCAACUUCAAACUCGCUCUGCAGAUGAACCUAUGACAACCUUCUACAGGUGCUGCAAUCAUAAGUGUGCACACAAUUGGCGUGAUUAAUUGUUGAGUGUAGUGCUUAAAAACUUUCAGUAUGAACAUUUUAAAAAAAAUU